UCUCCCAUUCCUGGAUGCUCCAUUCUACAGACUGGGAGCUGCUGCUGUGUCUCCUGUCCCCCCUGUCCCUGUGUGUGCACCCCCUAACACAGAGGGCACCUCCCCCCAAUACUGGGCCUGGGGAUCAAUGGCUGGGAGGACUUUACCCCUGUACUGAGUGCCCUGCUCACCAUGGAUCCCUGCUGGAUUGUCUGCCUGCUGGUGCUGCCCCUGGCUAUGGCUGUGGAAGAAACCUUAAUGGAUUCAACUACAGCGACAGCAGAGCUGGGCUGGACAGUGCAGCCAUCAUCAGGAUGGGAGGAGGUGAGCGGUUAUGAUGAGAACAUGAAUACCAUCCGUACAUACCAGGUUUGCAACGUCUUUGAGUCGAGUCAGAACAACUGGCUUAGGACCAAGUAUGUCCGACGGAGAGGAGCUCACAGAAUCCAUGUGGAGAUGAAAUUUUCUGUGCGGGACUGUAGCAGUAUUCCCAAUGUCCCCGGUUCCUGUAAGGAAACAUUCAACUUGUAUUACUACGAGUCGGACUAUGACUCUGCCACGAAGACGUUCCCCUUGUGGAUGGAGAACCCAUGGGUUAAAGUGGAUACUAUAGCUGCUGACGAGAGUUUUUCCCAAGUAGACCUCGGAGGUCGGGUUAUGAAAAUUAACACAGAGGUGCGGAGUUUUGGGCCCGUUUCCAAAUCUGGUUUCUAUUUAGCAUUCCAGGACUACGGAGGAUGCAUGUCUCUUAUUGCUGUUAAAGUCUAUUACAGGAAAUGUCCACGUAUAAUACAAAAUGGGGCCAUUUUCCAAGAGACACUGUCUGGGGCAGAGAGCACCUCGUUGGUAGCCGCCCGAGGGAUCUGCAUACCUAACGCAGAGGAGGUGGAUGUACCCAUUAAAUUGUAUUGUAAUGGUGAUGGAGAAUGGCUGGUGCCAAUCGGGCGAUGUCUUUGUAAAGCCGGGUAUGAAUCGGUGGAGAAUGGGACUGUUUGCCGAGCAUGCGUGUCUGGGAUGUUCAAGACGAAUCAAGGCGAUGAGAGUUGCAUGCAUUGUCCUAUAAACAGUCGUACAACGUCCGAAGGAGCUACAAACUGCGUGUGUCGGACUGGAUACUACCGCAUGGACUCGGAUCCAAUGCAGAUGCCAUGUACAACAACACCGUCCUCCCCACAGAACGUAAUCUCCAGCGUGAACGAGACCUCUCUAAUGUUAGAAUGGUCGUCUCCAAGGGACUCUGGGGGCCGUGAAGACUUGGUGUAUAACAUAAUCUGCAAAAGCUGCGGUUCAGGUCGUGGGGCCUGCACGAGGUGUGGAGACAAUGUACAGUUUGCUCCUCGCCAGCUUGGACUGACAGAGCCGCGUGUUUAUAUCAGCGACCUCCUUGCGCACACACAGUAUACCUUUGAGAUCCAAGCUGUAAAUGGAGUCACUGAUCAGAGCCCGUACUCACCCCAAUUUGCAUCUGUUAAUAUCACCACAAACCAAGCAGCUCCAUCCAGUGUGUCCAUCAUGCACCAGGUCAGCCGGGCCGUGGACAGCAUUACUUUAUCAUGGUCACAACCGGACCAGCCGAAUGGCGUCAUUUUAGAUUAUGAGCUGCUCUUUUAUGAGAAGGACCUGACUGAACACAAUUCCUCUGUAGUAAAAAGUUCAACCAACACUGUGGUGGUUCCAGGCCUCAAAGCGGGCACUAUAUACGUCUUCCAGGUGCGAGCGCGGACGGUGGCAGGAUACGGGCGAUACAGCGGGAAGAUGUACUUUCAGACCAUGACAGAAGCUGAAUAUCAGAGUAGCUUCCAGGAGAAACUUCCUCUUAUAAUCGGCUCGUCGGCGGCUGGCCUGGUCUUCCUCAUCGCCCUGGUGGUUAUUAUCAUCGUCUGUAACAGAAGACGAGGCUUUGAGAGGGCAGAUUCCGAGUACACCGAUAAACUCCAGCAUUAUACCAGUGGCCACAGUACGUACCGACUGCCUUCACCUGGGCUGGGUGCUCGUUCUCUCGUUGUGACUCCAGGAAUGAAGAUUUACAUUGAUCCAUUUACCUAUGAGGACCCUAAUGAGGCUGUCAGGGAGUUUGCUAAAGAAAUUGACAUUUCUUGUGUGAAAAUUGAGCAAGUGAUUGGGGCAGGUGAGUUUGGAGAAGUUUGCAGUGGUCAUCUGAAGCUGCCAGGCAAAAGGGAAAUCUUCGUGGCUAUUAAGACACUGAAGUCAGGAUACACAGAGAAGCAACGACGGGACUUCUUGAGCGAAGCGAGCAUUAUGGGCCAGUUUGACCAUCCCAAUGUCAUCCAUCUGGAAGGAGUCGUAACCAAGAGUUCACCAGUCAUGAUUAUCACAGAAUUCAUGGAGAACGGUUCUCUAGACUCAUUCCUACGGCAAAAUGACGGACAGUUUACAGUAAUCCAGCUGGUGGGCAUGUUAAGGGGCAUUGCAGCUGGCAUGAAGUAUUUGGCAGAUAUGAACUACGUCCAUCGAGACCUAGCUGCCCGUAACAUCCUGGUGAACAGUAACUUGGUGUGCAAGGUCUCUGACUUUGGCUUGUCACGGUUCCUGGAGGACGAUACUUCAGACCCUACAUACACCAGUGCCCUGCUUUAUGGUUCCUCAUUCCAGGGCGGAAAAAUUCCCAUUCGAUGGACGGCUCCAGAGGCAAUUCAGUACCGCAAAUUUACCUCCGCCAGCGACGUGUGGAGCUAUGGCAUCGUCAUGUGGGAGGUGAUGUCAUAUGGAGAGAGACCUUACUGGGAUAUGACCAAUCAAGAUGUAAUAAAUGCCAUUGAACAGGACUACCGGCUGCCGCCCCCAAUGGACUGUCCCAAUGCUCUGCACCAGCUAAUGUUGGACUGUUGGCAGAAAGAUCGGAAUCAUCGGCCAAAGUUUGGGCAGAUUGUUAAUACCCUCGAUAAAAUGAUUCGAAACCCUAACAGCUUGAAAUCAAUGGCUCCUUUAUCUUCUGGGGUGAAUCUUCCCCUUCUGGAUCGCACAGUCCCAGAUUACACCAGCUUCAACACUGUAGAUGAAUGGCUGGACGCCAUUAAAAUGGGCCAAUACAAGGAAAGCUUCGCAAAUGCUGGCUUCACCUCCUUUGAUGUCGUGUCACAAAUGAUAAUGGAGGAUAUUCUACGAGUUGGAGUAACUUUAGCUGGACACCAGAAAAAAAUCCUUAACAGUAUCCAAGUGAUGCGAGCUCAGAUGAACCAGAUUCAGUCCGUAGAAGUUUAAUAUUGAAGAACUGCUUCCUCGUCCUCAGACUUCCUUAAAUCCCACAGCUCCGAGCCACUCCUUCUCUUCCACAUCCCCAAUACCCGGUACAGUUCAUUUCGAUACUGCUCCCUGAACAGACAAGACCCAAAUGUUCCCUGCUCAAUAACCUGCGAGGAUCUUUCAAUUGGGGUAGCCAAAUCCUCCAUACGACAUGGCGUUUUCAGGAAACAGAUAACCAUUUCUUGUGGGAGGGAACUGGGAGUGAUGGUGCUUGGGAAUUAUGAAGAAUAUUUUUCUCACGUACAACCUUGAAUUUGUUUCUAAAGAAACACUGAAAACAAAACAAAAAGGGCUUGAAGAUGUCCAUAACUAGAAAGGGAGAACAAGAUUAAUCAGCCUCCUCUCCGGCACAAUUGUUACAAAAAUGAGUUACAAAAAUGUGUAGCAAAGGUCCUCGUUUUUGGGGGUCAAAAAAAAUAAAAUGAAAGGCUCAGACAGAAAAGAUGGUGUGGCCUGGGACUUUUCCCCACGCCCUGCACCAGGUGAGUCUACUUCAGAACUCUUGAUUGGUCAAGAGAAUAAAAGGAGGAUAAAAUUAUAUACGAGGAAAAAAACAAAACAGAGUUGAAAAUUUAUUUCCAUUAAAUGGACCAGUUGCAUCUCUGAUCCAACUCUUCAUUUUGAAGAUGUUACAAAACAAAACAAAAUAAAAGGCUUUUUCUGUGGAAAAAGAAGAUGCCUCUAAGACUUUAUGUUUGAAAAUGUAACAAAAGACAAUUCCUUUUUAGCUUGUGUUUCUCUGACCUAAAAAGAAAAGAAAAAAAACAAAACGUUUUGUGAGUUCUAAGUUUUGCAGGAGUCCUGCCCGAUCCACACCUCAGAGAACAUAUCAUGCAUAUCAUGUGCGCAAAUCCGAUAGUGAUGUCAUCACUAAUUGCCAAUGAGCUUUUUCUCAGAAGACUUACCGAGUACAGUAUGUAGUAGGUUUUUAAUUACAAAACUCUGACGUGUAAAAAGAAAAAAAAAAAAUAAUGUUUUGUUGUCAAUGUUGUUGUUGUUUCGAAAUCUGUUCCUACUUUGUUUGUUUACACCAAUUUCAAUUUUUUAAAUUGUUUUUAAACAUCGGUACUCAAAAUUUGAUAUUGAGAAAAAAAAACAACAAAAAGGACAAUGAUCCUCUGAAAAGGGUUUCCGUUUGGUACUUAUCAAUAGCAGAGAAUACAAAAUGGCUACUUAUGCACAUUUCUUGUAUCAUUGGCUAGUGGAUACUCCAUUCCUCUUGGGUGUUUUGAAUUACCUGGUAAAAGACUGACAAGUGGCCACCUUUCAGACUGCCAAAUGGAAUUGGAAGCAUGAUCGUUUAUGAGCCUAUCUCGGCUAUUGGAUUUUUUUUUCUUAUCCUACCCUUUUUCAGCUUAUUAUAUAAGCUUUUCCAAGUUGUGUGAUGGCUUUUUAAGGUGACGAACCAAGGACUAAAUUAACCCCAUGGGUACUGAGGUAGCACAGCCAAUGCCUUCCAUCUUCUUUGUUUUUGUUUUUUUGUUUUUUAAUGAGAUCGGGCAGUUGAAAUGGACCUUAUGCCCAUCUCAGCCAGGCACUUUAUUGAGCUGUCAGUUUCCUUAUAUCUGAAAAUGGGGAUUUUGCCACAGGUUUAUCACAAAUCCAUGCUCGGUAGGAAAGAUUUGGAGUUAGUUUUUAUACGGAGCUUUUCUUUAUAGUAUUUUUUUCCUCUCUGUGGCUCCUUCUGCCACAGUAACAGAACACAAAUGGUAGAAUGAACAUUUUUCAAUGUAACAAGAAUCUGAAAGGGUUUACGAUUAAUGCUUCCUUUACAUGACUUCUUUGUGUCUCCAGUAAGUACCUUGUGCCCGAUUUACAUGGGAUUUCAUUAUUCUCCCUGGGCCUCAGUGCAUGUGCCACAGAUUUAAUACCAAGGCAUGAGCCACACUUACCUGAUAUUGCCAAACACUUUAUAUUGACCGAUUAGCAAAACUGUGCCUGCCAUACACCCGCAACUGGGAUUUCAUACAGUCAAACUUCCAGCAUCCAUUUUGUAGUUUAGGUUGGAUCCUCAUGGGAUUCUCUGUUGUCUUCUUAGUUUAUUUAAUAAAAUACAAAAUCCACACAUGCUCUGUCACGUGUUUGGACUGUGAGUUCUGAGCAAUCCCUGCGCAGUUUCUGAAUUUGUAUUUUUUUUUAUUUUCUCCAUUGCUAUAGUCUUUGAGAGUGAGAAAAUAUAUAAAGGGGGGUAAGAGACAGUGGACUGGGAAACGGCAAUCACAUUGUAUCCAUUUAUCAAAGUGAAUUUGUGAACGGCAGAAAGCUCCCGUCUACAGUGUUUAGCAUUUUUCUCAAAGUAUUUGACAAAUCAGGAGCUUGGACGACAAUCAAACCUCGAGUAACUGUCCAGAUAUUAGGCAGAACAUUGGCCUGUAUUGGUGUCAGUAGUGAUGUUGGACAGCGAUCGCUGUUCCAGUAAAAUAAUCUGAGAUACCCUGGUGUAUGUCUUGCAGCACAAGAGGCAGUUUAGUGACCUUAGAGAUUAUUAUAGUUUCAAGAUUUGCGGUUUGCAUUGUCAUUAACUUUAAAAUUCCUAGUUACCCUCUAAUAAGGCUGUUUUGAUUUCUACAAUUGAGCCAAAAAAAUAAUAAUCUCCUGUGUGAAAGCAAUCAUCGAGCCAUGAUGUUUAGCUGUAAAAAAAAUUACGAUCUCCGUACAUGAACUCUGUGUCUCAGAUCAGUCUUAGAUAACCGUCUACUGUACAUUUUGUAAUGUUUUACUCAGUGUAUGUCUAGAACAAUUUAGCCAGUCAUCGUCAUGUUUCCAGAUCAUGUUUUAAAAUCAUUAUAGAUUGACCGAUAUUUAGUAUCGACAAACCAAGUUUAUAAUAUUCAAACCAAUCACCAUCAAGAGUUGCCACAUUUAUAACCAAUCAUUCAAUAACCACUGUAUUCAAAAAGCCAAUCAAUAGCCAGUAUAAUCAGACUGUGUUUACACCUAUCCAGUUAAAUCCACUAUACACACACUUUGUUUAUAGCCAGCCAAAUCCGCUUGCAGUGUAUAAACACUAUAGUUUAAACAAACCAAUCAGCACCUAAUACACCAAUCCAAUCAGCAUCCUGUAUUUUAUAAGCAGCCAGUGAGCAUCCAGCAUAACCAUAUAGUGUUUUUAACAACCAAUGAGCAUCCAGUUUCAUCAUGAACAGGAUUAAAUCAUCCAAUCACUGUAUUUGCUUGAGAUGCUAUGCAGAUUGUUGUUGUACUUCAUUUAAUGUAAUUAUUUGGCCAAAACUUUGUAUUUUUUUUCCCCCUACAAAUUGGAUAUUUUUUAUUUUAUUUUUCUUUGUAAAGAACAUUAAACUAGCACUUUAAACAAUUGUUUUUUGCAUUACCAUAAAAUAGUUUAAAACAUUUCCAAAAAAACUUAGCUGAAAUUCUAAAUCUGACUUUAAACACACAUCUGGUUGAGGCGUCAUUGAGUACAUUUUAAAGAUAUACCAGUCAGUUUACACACAUUACACAUCAAGAGGUUGUUUAAAGGCUACUUUUCAUAUGACACAGUAUACUGGUUUACUGUAAUCAGUGCGACACGGUCAUCAUCGAGGUACCUCACUGGUACCCAACUAUUAUCACAUAAAGGGACAUGCCAGGCUGGAAUUUACCCAUUCUGUCAGGAGUGUCAAACAUGAGGGUUAUUCAAAAGACCAAUCUUGGGGUGCAGUUUAUAAAGUUGCCAUGGAAAUAAAAAAAAUGCUCCUAUGGAUUGUUCUACUUUUAGAAUAUCGUCCCAGAGCAAUUCUUUAUAAAAUUGACCCAAAAUUUGCCCAGGUAAUGCCAUUCCAUAUUCUCCUGGGUUCUUCCACUAUCUAUACUAAGCAUCAUGGAUCGUCGGUAGAUUAAAUGCUCUCUCCAAAAAAAUAUCUAAUACAUAGAAUAUUGUAAUCUUCCAGCACAACACAAAGGCUGACGUUAGAUUUAUCUGAUGAUUCCCAGUCCCUCGGCCGUCUGUUUUAUGCAGCCAUUGUUUACAGACGUAUGUGGAAAAUCAUUUUUGACAAAGGGAGAGGAUGCUUUGCAGAACACCAAGGAAUGGCUUUUACAUGCCGAAUGCCGACUGCUUAUUUGUCCCUGUGUGUGUGUGUGCCAUGCAAAAUAAACUGCUUGUCAGCGAAUAAAUAUUAAAUAGUCUAGCAGAUGCAAAGGUCCAGGCUGUUACCUCCCCAGGCUUUAAUUCCUGACCUGGGGGUUACCAGCUAUGGCGUGUAGCUCAAGCACAUUUCCCAAGUAUUCUGUGUUUUCCUAAAUUCACUCAUUUCUGCAACAGGGUUUCAAGAACGAUAUAGCGGUGUAUUAUGAAUUGAACUGAGUUAACUGCCAGAUACAAAGUUUAGGCCAAAACAGAAAAGCUCGGAAAUUUCUACAAUCUAAGAUAUUUGUUUUUCAUAUCUGGCUAAACGUUUGGCCUACAUUGUGAGAUUUGCUUUUCAACUUUUGUGAAUAAACUCCAUAAUCUCGAUCUUUCUAGAUUCCCAA